AUGUUAUUCAAUCUGAACACGAAACUACGGGACGAAACAGCAAAGAUCACCUUGCUGCUGGUCGAAUUGGCCGAGGGGCGGGAGGCGUGCCGCGGCGUCGUGGAUGCAAAAGAUCGGUCAGGUGAAGAACUGUUGCAGCGGCAGUUUGCAGUCGUCCGCAGCGGUCACGGCCAAGGUCACGCUGCACCAAUCAGCUCGCACAGGAAGGACUCGGUCGCAGUAAGGAUGCAACGGGUAGAUUUUCAGCGGACAAAAAGAGAUAAAGCGCAUUGGGCUUUUAGCUGCCGUUGCUUUGACUAUUACCAAGAGUAUGCCCAAAAAUCUGCCCGGCUUCAUGAGGGCAUGCGCAUCAUAGCAAAAGUCCAGGGACUCAAGGAAAAUGCCCUGGCUCCAGAGCAGAAGCCUGAGAAACUCCAACGAUUGGUUGAGCUUGCCAAAGAUAUCAAGAGCAGGGCUCAAAAGGAGCCUGAAGCAGUUGCUAUCGCGAUCUCAGUAGCAACUGGCAUGCUCCCUCCUGUUCCGCUGGAGCGGGCUCUAAGGGUAAUGAAAGACCUCCCAGCCGCAGCUCAAGAGCAUCUGCCAGCUGCAACUGACCUGCUUGCGUCUAUCCGUGAGCUGGGCACAGCCGCGGAGUGCCUUGAGCAUCCAAACACGCCACAUGGAUCCCCGCGGCGCCUUUCGUACCUAAUUGCGGCAAACCUUUAUGAGUGCGAGGCUAUUAUGCCGUUUUGGAUUCUCGAGGUCCUACGCCUGGCGCUUAUGCUCAGGAAUGACCAGUAUCUUCAACUUGCGUACUUCAACAAUGACACGAAACCGGCCUUCACUUCUUCGGUCAGCAUUUCCAUUUACGAGAGUGGCAGCAAGGACACCACAACAACUUGGCUCCGGAUUGCAGAGGCGCUUUGGACUGCGGCUGGCAUCCCAAACACGGUCGUCAUUAAUGGCCUGUUGACUCGCCAGACUCUCAUGGACCCGUAUUCGGGGGCGUUCUACAAGCAGCAUCGUAUUGAGUACUUGGCUUCACUCCGAAACGCCGCGCUAGAACCCGUGUACCAAAGCCCGGAAGGAACCUACAACUUCGUGAUCUUCAUUAAUGAUGCGUUUGAGGCCGACAUCGGAUGCGGGUUGGAUUUUGAGGUUUGGAUUGGCAACAAGAAGGGCCGUGUCAGCGGUGUCACGCAGCGUUUCUUGCGCCGGCGCCUGAUGAGCGGGGAGUCCGAUCAGGCGGCAAGUACGAUUUCCGGAUCUACUGCUAUUCCCGGGAUCACCUGGCAAACCGCGAUAGAGCACAUGUCUAAAGUACACGUCGAGGAGGCAGCGCGCCAGGCUGCUGCCGACUCUCGGGUGCAGGCUGCACCAAUCAAGCCUCGUUACGAGUUCUAUGAUACGUGGGUCUCUCGCGACGUUGGUGGAGCUCCGUACGUGAAAACGGACCCAAUUGCCCGAGACUUCCGUACAAUCGACCUUCUGCAUCGUGGAUUGCCCUUCCCGGUCAAGUGCUGCUGGAAUGGUAUGGUGAUCCUGAAUGCCACCCAUCUGGCGCGAGGCUUGAGGUUCCGUGCAUCUCUGACGGCCGAGGGCGAAUACGACAUUAGCGAGUGCUCUCUGUUCUGCGAGGACUACCGUCGACUUGGCGCUACGGACGUUGUUGUCGACCCAUCCGUACGCGUAUCGUACCUUGUCUGGACUAAGGACUUCCACGGGAAGCUUCCAGGCGGUGUUGGCGCCAAGGUCCCCUGGGCUCUCCUGGCACGCAGCGGCGCUUUUGAUGAGCUGAAGAAACUUUUUAAGGAGACGAAGAGCGACAUGAAAAUGACAUGGGUGCCCCUGAGUAAGUCCCUUUUUUGUGUAGUUCUUCUGGUAGGCAGUUUCCUGCGCGUAAACCUUACGUUAUUCCCGUAUCCUGCACCUUGUCGGAAAUUCGCUGAAGAGGCCGAUCUGGACAAGGGGCGGGUGAUUGACCUCGCCUCCGUCAACUAUACGGGGAUUUUCUUGGACCGCUUGAAGAACCCGCCGCCACCUCCGCCAAAGCCGCCAACGUGCAACCUCAUUAUGGGGCCCUACGGUUCAACGGCUGAUGGCCACCUCUUUGACGAUCUUGCCAUGUCAGCCUUUGGGCAAAAUCCCAUCACCAAGAUUAGAUACAGUAACACGACGGCGAUGGAAAGCCUGCAGGUGGAAUACGCCUCAAGGCCUGGGCUUAUACGUGGGGUCCAGAACAAUACCGUCGACGUGGCCUUUGCCAGUGGCGAGGCAAUCGACCGCGCCAUUGUCUUCUUCACCUUUAAGGAGGUAAAGGGCAUGAUUUUUACCACCAGCACGGGACGGAACGUUUCCCUUGGUGUCACGGAUGGGGAGGAAGCUGGGAAAUACCGGCUAAUCUCCUUCGCUGGGACGGCGGAUAAGACGUUGCGAUCCGUGUCCUUGGUGUGGGCUUCGAAACAUCAGUGA